AUGCCAAGCAAUAAGUCUCCUGGUCCUGGUGGGUUUACUUGUGAGUAUUUCAAGUCUGCUUGGACAAUUGUUGGGAAAGACUUGGUGGUUGCUAUACAAUCGUGUCAUAAGGGGAUUAACUCAACCAUCUUAGCUCUUAUCCCUAAGAAAACAGAGGCAAAGGAGAUGAAAGAUUACCGUCCUAUCUCUUGCUGCAAUGUCAAAACUUGUUGCUUGUUGAUGGAAAAUGUUCUCCUUGCAUCUGAGUUGGUUAACAAGUAUCACAAAGAAACAGUUUCACCAAGAUGUGCAGUGAAAAUAGAUAUCUCCAAAGCAUUUGACUCGGUUCAAUGGCCAUUUUUGCUCAACACAAUCCAGAGAAAGAGGAACAAGACAGGGCUGUUCCUUAUCUCCUUACCUAUUUGUCAUAUGCAUGAAUGUUCUCUCGAUAAAGAAAGAUUGGUUACCAUCCGUAUUGUCAGAAUUCAGGGAUUCUAG